GACAUCAGCUCUGCCAUGCUGGAUGUGGCUGUGGAGAGAGAGGUGGAGGGAGACCUGCUGCUUGCGGACAUGGGCCAGGGCAUUCCCUUCAGGCCAGGCACGUUUGACGGCUGCAUCAGUAUUUCUGCAGUGCAGUGGCUUUGCAAUGCUGAUAAGAAGUCACACAGUCCUCCAAAACGCCUCUAUCGGUUCUUUUCGACUCUCUACAGUGCCUUGGCCCGAGGAUCCCGAGCUGUCCUGCAGCUGUACCCUGAGAACUCGGAACAGCUGGAACUCAUCACAGCCCAGGCAAUGAGGGCUGGCUUCACCGGGGGAAUGGUGGUAGAUUACCCUAACAGUGCCAAAGCCAAGAAGUUCUUCCUCUGUCUCUUCGUUGGGGCAUCCAGCACACUACCAAAGGCCCUUGGUACCGAGUGUGCUGAUGAAGAGCUGCAGCAGGCAAAGUUCACAAACGAAAGGACACGGUUCAGAAAUGUCAAGGGCAAAUCUGUAAAGAAAAGCCGGGACUGGAUCCUCGAGAAGAAGGAGCGCAGACGACGGCAGGGCAAGGAGGUGCGAGGAGACACAAAAUACACGGGUCGGAAGCGCCGCCCUCACUUCUGAAUGGAUACGGAUGCUGCUGGAGUGCAAG